ACCAUCAUCAGGAUAAAUUAGGAAAAUACAUCAAACUUGAGGUUAAAGAGGAAGAAGAAGAGACGUUGGUGAGUGGUCAGCAGUCUAUGGAGGAGAUGACCAUGAAAAGUGAACAGGAGGAAUCUUCUCUUUGUAUCAGCAGAAGAGAACACUAUGUCCUGAAUAACGUAUCUUCAGAAUUUAAAGCAGAAGAAAAUCCCACCACACAACGUUCUCCAGGAGAAAAUCCCACCACACAACGUUCUCCAGGAGAAAAUCCCACCACACAACGUUCUCCAGGAGAAAAUCCCACCACACAACGUUCUCCAGGAGAAAAUCCCACCACACAAAGUUCUCCAGGAGAAAAUCCCACCACACAACGUUCUCCAGGAGAAAAUCCCACCACACAACGUUCUCCAGGAAAAAAUCCCACCACACAACGUUCUCCAGGAGUGACUCGCAUUACACAAAUAAUACAUCACAGUACAGAUCCAUCAACAGAUCCAUCUAAUCCCGAGGAAUCUUCCUUGAACCAUGAAGGAUCUUACACAGGAGAACAUUCCUUGUCAUCUACAGUGUGUGGGAAUUCUUCCAAAGAAACCAGAGAGCCUCUUACACACCCGAAAAGUCAUAAGAGUUUGCGUACUUUCUCAUGUCCAGAGUGCGGGAGAUGUUUUAAUCUGAAAAGAAACUUUCUCAAUCACCAGAGAAUUCACACAGGUGAGCGUCCUUUCCCAUGUCCAGAGUGCGGCAAACCUUUUACUGACAAAGCAAACCUUCUUAAACACUACAGAAUUCACACGGGUGAGCGUCCCUUUUCAUGUUCAGAGUGCGGGAAAUGUUUUGUUCAGAAAGCAGAACUUGUUAAUCACCAGAGAAUUCACACGGGUGAGCGUCCGUUCUCGUGUUCACACUGUGGUAAAGGUUUCACUCAGAAAGGACACCUUCUGACACACCAGAGAACUCAUACAGGCGAGCGUCCUUUUUCAUGUUCAGAGUGUGGGAAAGGUUUCAUUCAGAAAAGAGACCUUGUUGUUCACCAAAGAAGUCACACGGGAGAACGUCCUUUUUCAUGUUCAGAGUGCGGGAAAUCUUUCCCUCAGAAAAGACAACUUGUUUUCCAUCAGAGAAUUCACAAGAGCGAGCGUCCUUAUUCUUGUUCAGAGUGCGGGAAAAGUUUUAAUCAGAAAGGAAAUCUUGUUAUUCACCAGAGAAUUCACACAGGCAAACGUCCAUAUUCGUGUUCAGAGUGCGGGAAAACUUUUGUUCGGAAAGGCGAACUUAAUAAUCACCAGAGAAUUCACACCGGCGAGCAUCCUUUUACAUGUUCAGAGUGCGGGAAAUGUUUCCACGAAAAAGGAAAUCUUGUUAAUCACCAGAGAAUUCACACAGGCAAACGUCCAUAUUCGUGUUCAGAGUGCGGGAAAACUUUUGUUUGGAAAGGCAAACUUAAUAAUCACCAGAGAAUUCACACCGGUGAGCGUCCUUUUUCAUGUUCAGAGUGCGGCAAACGUUUUACUGACAAAGGAAACCUUCUUAAACAUUACAGAAUUCACACGGGUGAGCGUCCCUUUUCAUGUUCAGAGUGCGGGAAAUGUUUUAAUCAGAAAGGAGAACUUGUUAAUCACCAGAGAAUUCACACAGGUGAGCGUCCGUUCUCGUGUUCACACUGUGGUAAAGGUUUCACUCAGAAAGGAAACCUUCUAUUACAUCAGAGAACUCACACAGGUGAGCGUCCUUUUUCAUGUUCAGAGUGUGGGAAAGGUUUCAUUCAGAAAAGAGACCUUGUUGUUCACCAAAUAAGUCACACGGGAGAACGUCCUUUUUCAUGUUCAGAGUGCGAGAAAUCUUUCCCUCAGAAAAGACAACUUGUUUUCCACCAGAGAAUUCACAAGAGCGAGCGUCCUUAUUCUUGUUCAGAGUGCGGGAAAAGUUUUAAUCAGAAAGGAAAUCUUGUUAUUCACCAGAGAAUUCACACAGGCAAACGUCCAUAUUCGUGUUCAGAGUGCGGGAAAACUUUUGUUUGGAAAGGCAAACUUAAUAAUCACCAGAGAAUUCACACCGGUGAGCGUCCUUUUUCAUGUUCAGAGUGCGGCAAACGUUUUACUGACAAAGGAAACCUUCUUAAACACUACAGAAUUCACACGGGUGAGCGUCCCUUUUCAUGUUCAGAGUGCGGGAAAUGUUUUAAUCAGAAAGGAAAUCUUGUUAUUCACCAGAGAAUUCACACCGGUGAGCAUCCUUUUACAUGUUCAGAGUGCGGGAAAUGUUUCCGCGAAAAAGGAAAUCUUGUUAAUCACCAGAGAAUUCACACAGGCAAACGUCCAUAUUCGUGUUCAGAGUGCGGGAAAACUUUUGUUCGGAAAGGCGAACUUAAUAAUCACCAGAGAAUUCAUUCCGGUGAGCAUCCUUUUACAUGUUCAGAGUGCGGGAAAUGUUUCCACGAAAAAGGAAAUCUUGUUACUCACCAGAGAAUUCACACAGGCAAACGUCCAUAUUCGUGUUCAGAGUGCGGGAAAACUUUUGUUCGGAAAGGCGAACUUAAUAAUCACCAGAGAAUUCACACCGGUGAGCGUCCUUUUUCAUGUUCAGAGUGCGGGAAAUGUUUUAAUCAGAAAGGAAAUCUUGUUAUUCACCAGAGAAUUCACACCGGUGAGCAUCCUUUUACAUGUUCAGAGUGCGGGAAAUGUUUCCGCGAAAAAGGAAAUCUUGUUAAUCACCAGAGAAUUCACACAGGCAAACGUACAUAUUCGUGUUCAGAGUGCGGGAAAACUUUUGUUCGGAAAGGCGAACUUAAUAAUCACCAGAGAAUUCACACCGGUGAGCAUCCUUUUACAUGUUCAGAGUGCGGGAAAUGUUUCCACGAAAAAGGAAAUCUUGUUACUCACCAGAGAAUUCACACAGGCAAACGUCCAUAUUCGUGUUCAGAGUGCGGGAAAACUUUUGUUCGGAAAGGCGAACUUAAUAAUCACCAGAGAAUUCACACCGGUGAGCGUCCUUUUUCAUGUUCAGAGUGCGGGAAAUGUUUUAAUUUAAAAGGAAACCUUCUUAAACACCAGAGAAUUCACACGGGCCAACGUCCAUAUUCGUGUUCAGAGUGCGGGAAAUGUUUCAGUUACAAAAGUGCCCUUGAUCGACACCAGGGAAUUCACAUGGACUAACCACCUUUUUUAUGUUUAGACGGACCAAUGGGGAGUGUGAGAUCGUGUGUCCUUCCUUAUAGUCAGAAUGUAUAAAAUGUUUCUGUUAAAGAAAAUCCCUUAUUGGAUCCCAGAAUAUUCAUAAAGACUAAUAAAGUUUUUGUGUUCA